GAGAGAGAGAGAGAGAGAGAGAGAGAGAGAGAGAGAGAGAGAGAGAGAGAGAGAGAGAGAGAGAGAGAUCAUAAAGAGUUAAAAGAUGCAGAGAGAAGCAGAAGGAAAGACAAUAACAGAGUGAACAAAACAGAGAGAACGGAAAAGACAAAUAGAAAUGCCAGCAAUAUUAUAAACACAGAAGACAGACCAAGAGAGGAUUUUGCUGCAACACUGACCUGAGCAGGAUCAAAUUACACUGCACUGCACUGCACUACACACACACACACACACACACACACACACGAGGUGUUUUAUGCUGACAUCAGGUAGACACCAUUUGUGUGUGUGUUAUUUCUGAGCAGAGGACGCAGAGUGUGUGUGUGUGUUUACUCCUUGCUAGAGUCACAUAGUGUGUGUGUGUGUGUGUGUGUCAGACAGUCAUGAGGAUGCUGGCUCUCUUCUGUUUAAUUUCACUGGCGGCACCUCUAACGGACGCAUGGAGACCAUCUAAACCACGACUGCACUUCCAACACUCAGAGCUGGUGCAGAGCGGCAGGCUCAUGUCUCUCUCUGUGCCUGCUGGGGAUCUGAACUCUCUGCUGCCGGAUGAAGACGGUCGUCGCCUUUACAUUGGUAUGAAGGACCAUCUGCUGUCCACCAGCCUGGAUGAUAUUACUCAAAACCCCCGCAAGAUAUACUGGCCUGCAAAUCUAGAUCGUAUUCAGGAUUGUAUAAUGGCUGGAAAAAAUCUGCAGAUGGACUGUGCUAACUUCCUGCGUGUGUUAGAGCAUUAUAACCAAACACAUCUUUACGCCUGUGGAACUGGAGCGUUCAACCCUCGCUGUGCCUUCAUCCCUACCAACCUCUUCCUCAGGGCCGAGGAACUAACGCUGCAGUAUGAAGACACCGAAUCAGGGAAGGGAAAAUGUCCGUACGACCCUCACCAGAGAACAGCUACAGCUAUCAUAGACGGUGAGCUGUACGCUGGAAUCUCAUCUGACUUUCUAAGUCAUGAUACUGCUUUUAUUCGGAGUUUGGGGAUGCGACAUGUGAUUCGCACUGAACAAUAUCACUCUACAUGGCUGCAAGGCGCGGAAUUUGUACAUGUUGCAGCGAUGUCAGAGAGUGAUAAUGAGGAGGAUGAUAAGGUCUACGUGUUCUUCACUGAGCGCGCUCAGGAGGUAGAAGGGGCUGCUGGGAAGGUCCUCUAUUCUAGAGUUGCCCGCGUCUGUAAGAAUGAUAUUGGUGGUCAGCGUAGUUUGGUUCAUAAAUGGAGCACCUUUCAGAAAGCUCGAAUUGUUUGCUCCGUACCAGGACCUGAUGGCAUACACACACACUUUGACAAACUCCAGGAUAUUUUCAUUCAACGUGGAAAGGACAAAACAAACCCCCUCAUCUAUGGGCUCUUCACCACUACCAGCAAUGUCUUGAAUGGAUCCGCUGUGUGUGUGUACCGCAUGCAGGACAUUAUUAGAGCUUUUAAAGGAAACUUCCUUCACAGGGAGGGACAACAGUACAAGUGGACAGAGUAUGCAGGCCGAGUUCCCUAUCCCAGGCCUGGCACAUGUCCCAGCAGCACAUACGGAGGCUUUAAAUCAACGAGGGAAUAUCCUGACGACGUUAUCUUCUUUAGCCGCACGCAUCCUUUGAUGCAGGAGCCGGUGCAUCCUCUUGGGGGUCAUCCUUUGCUGAUCAGAGUGGGCGUGUCUUAUAAACUGACCCGCCUCCUUGUAGACAGAGUGGAAGCGGUAGAUGGACAAUAUGACGUGUUGUUCAUCGGCACAGAUUCUGGCCUGGUUCUGAAAGCGAUUCACCUUCCUAAAGCUAAUGGACAGAAUCAGGAGGUCACUCUGGAACAGCUGCAGGUUUUUAAGAACAAGUCACCAAUCACUGCCAUGACGAUGUCCAAGAAAAAGCAGUGGCUGUUUGCUGGAUCAGCAGAGGGUGUGGUUCAGUUGGGUCUGUUCCACUGUGAUCUGUACGGCCAGGCGUGUGCUGAAUGCUGUCUCGCUAGAGACCCAUACUGCACUUGGGACGGGCACUCUUGCAGCCCAUACAUGCCAACAGCACACAGAAGAAAUAUUUGUCAGGUCAAUGAUGACGGCAACCCGCUGAACCAGUGUGUCAGACAUGGAGCUGGUCUUCAGGUGGAGGCAGAGGAGAAGACACUAGUUGUUGCUGUGGGUAACAGCACCUACCUCGAGUGUCUACCCAAAUCUCACCAUGCCACCGUCACCUGGUAUAAAGACAUAGCCGAGAACAGCUUGGAGCAACAUAAGGUCACAUCUGGAAAGCAGCUGGUUGUCUUCGACAGGGGCAUCCUCAUUCCCCGGACUGAACUCAAUCACGAUGGCGUUUAUCACUGUCAGCUAGAAGAGCAUCAGUUCCGCUGGACAGCCGUUACUAUCCGUUUAAUUGUGUGGAGCCCCGUCCUGCAGCCCUUCCUUGGCACCGCCCAGCCAUGGUACCAGGAUGUGAUGGCACUGAUCAACCACAGCAAACUGGAGCGACACUGCAAACAACUCAGCCAACGUCACAACAACAAGGAAUCAGGGGAUCACAAGCAGAACAAACCAGACAGAAAGAGAGUAGACCGGCACAGAGGAGGGGGGGAGAAGGAGAAAGGGAGGGGGCGGAAGCACCGGAGCAGAAUGCAGAGUUCAGCACAGAGGCUGCCGAGGAGCGCAUAGGCAGGUGUUUAAGAAACAAAUAAAUACAACAAAACACGCAAUAUACCGUCAUAUUAAGAUUUUGCUCCAUUCCAAAACCUAAUGAGCUGCCUUGCAUGCGCCCAGCAUCAAGCUCCGUGAAAGGAAAGAAAGAUUUUGAUAAAUUAAGAAGAAAAAGAAAAAUAUCAGUAUUGUUUGGGAUUAGUACGAUUUUUUUUAUACUUUUAUUUAUUUAUUAAAUUGAUCAAAAGUGACAGUUAA